AGAGAGAGAGAGAGAGAGAGAGAGGCGGCGACGCGUGUGGCUGCGCUUGUUCCUGUCGCAGACCGCUUUUACGCAGCUUGCAGUCUCUCCCGUCGGGCCCGACGCGAGUUGCUGCGGCGCAUGUGAGGAUCCACAGGCUCGUUCUGAUUAACUGUGCGCCUCGAUUCGCUGCGUUCAAAGUCUCUAAAGUUCAACUCAGCAGCUCGCAGUGUCUGUUCCGCUGCUCGACGCGCGCUGGCAGCAGCCUUGCACACUGAGCACCUGCACAGGCUGACCGGGUGGAGAAGACUUCACUGAAUUACACCCUCAGUGGGGGGAAAAAAAGCCCACUCUGCUCUUAAUUUGGCAGCCGUCGGGCAAAACUUCCAGACGCUUCCUCCUCAAUAUUCCGCUGCCAUCUGUGACAAAAGUUCACCAAGCCGAACGUGAAAGGAGACAAAGAGGAAGAGUGACGGGCUCGUGUGUGUGUGUGUGUGUGUGACGGUUAAAGGUGAAAGUGAAGUCAGGCAUCACAAGAGCCAUGUUCGUGGUGGGAACUUCCUGCCUUGGCCGUCCUCCGGUGACACAAUCACUCUUCCCUUGAGACGCGCCAAUGCGGUUUGGCAAGCGGGUGCCUGCGUCUGAAAACACAUCGAGCAGCUGAGCGUGUGGGAUGAAAGCGCAAAGAAAGCAAGAAGGAGGAAAAAAACAACCAUGCAGAAGAAUGAACAGCUGGUCUACAUUGGCCUGGAGCUGGUGAUCGCCUGCCUGGCUGUGGCUGGGAACAUCCUGGUGUGCUGGGCCGUCUGCCUCAACUCCAACCUGCAGAGCAUCACCAACUUCUUCGUGGUGUCACUGGCGGUGGCAGAUAUCGCCGUGGGGCUGCUGGCUAUUCCCUUUGCCAUCACCAUCAGAAAUCCAGAGUUAAAAUGUUUGAAUGUGACGCUUUCUCACGUCAGCACCGGCUUCUGCGCCAACUUCUUCGGCUGCCUGUUCAUCGCGUGCUUCGUCCUCAUACUCACCCAGAGCUCCAUCUUCAGCCUGCUGGCCAUCGCCGUGGACCGCUACAUCGCCAUCAAGAACCCACUCAGGUACAACAGCCUGGUGACGGGGACGAGGGCAAAGGGCAUCAUCGCACUGUGUUGGGUUCUCUCAGUUGGCAUCGGCCUCACACCGAUGCUGGGCUGGAACAGAGGUUGGAACACCACCACCAGCAACUACAGCAGCUGCCCCGAAGGCCUGACGGAGUGCCUGUUCGAGAAGGUGGUUACCAUGGACUACAUGGUCUACUUCAAUUUCUUUGGCUGUGUCCUGGUCCCCUUGUUGCUCAUGCUGCUAAUCUACGCCCACAUCUUCAUGGCCGCACGGCGCCAACUCCGACUGAUGGGGCUCAAGGUUGCACACACUCCCACUCCCGGAGAGAUAACCUCGUCGUCGACCACGUCGCGUUCGACCCUGCAGAAGGAGGUGCAUGCUGCCAAAUCGCUGGCCAUCAUCGUCGGCUUGUUCGCUCUAUGCUGGCUCCCGCUUCACAUCAUCAACUGUUUCAACUACCUGUGUGAGGACUGCCAGCGCUCACACAUCUGGGUGAUGAACAUUGCCAUCAUCCUCUCCCAUGCCAACUCUGUUGUGAAUCCUCUAAUCUACGCUUAUCGAAUUCGGGAGUUCAGACAGACCUUUCGGAGGAUCAUGAAUCAGCACAUCCUGGGGCGGAGGGAUGGGCAUGGUGGGAGCGGCGAUAGCAGAAGUGUUCGGAGCAGCAGUAUCAUGCAGAGUUCCUCCCACACCAGUAAAGAGGGUUUAUCCUGUGGCACCAUCGUGAAUAGCUACGCCCUGGACCCCAGCCCUGACAGAACUCCUCCAGCUGCUGCCCAUGAAACCUCUUGCCGGUGGACAUCAAAGACAGUCGAUGCACCGAGUCGCUCCAUACCCAACGGACACCAAACCAAGGGGAGCAGCCUUCCGGCAAUGCAGCAGCAGCAGCAGCCGUGCAUCAUGGGACUUGCUGCACAGGAUGGAGAAGAGUCGGUCACAUAUCUGGGAGGAAAGACAGAUGUUUUGGAGGUGAAAGACAGCGGGAGUUGCAUCACAUUUGUGAAUGUUCAGGCUCUCUCAACAAAACAGACAGAGCUCACAGAAGUCUCGUGACAAAAAAAAACAAAAAACAUUUCGGUAUAUGAUACAUAUUUCUAAUGCCAUAAAACAUAACAGCUUGCAAACAUGACAGUACUGUAUGAAGAAUGAUUAAUGAAGCUUCAACAAAUCAACAGCGAAUGUUUCUCUUUCUGAAGUCACAAAAACUGAUUGCCAGGCAACAUUUUGACCUGUUUUACUUCUUUGUUCUCAUCAACCAUCUCUCUACAAGCACACAACUGAAUUUAUGUAAAAACUGGUGGGUGUUUAAAAAGCUUCUUGACAUGCGGCAUCGUAACAUCUACCGCCACGUGUUCUCUUUCCAAAACAUUUGUCAGUUUAAAGGUUGCAUGCGUUCACACUGCAGGCAGUUUCCUCCGACAUCGCAAUCAAGGUGGGAAGCUCAAAUGUUAUACUGCUGCGUUCAGGGUCAUUUAGAUGCAGGGAAACAGACAAAUGUAUCAUCUCAUCACUUCUUAAUUGAUCAGCAACAGAAAAGCCAACGGAAAGUGAAAAUCUGGAGGGACAUCGCUUAUGUUUCAGGGCCAAACAAUAUAUUUGACAAUCCAUUAGCUUUUGUUAGACAACAGCUAACGGUAGGAUUUGAACAUUUCCUAGCUAACCUUGGGACUUGAUUGGGUAACAUGAUACAGUGGGAAAGAUGUCAGUUAUUUCUAACAUAUCAGAGAACAUGUUGGACAUAUUUAUUUACGCCUAGGAGUGAACCACAGUGAAUGUAAUCAAAUGGUUCUGUUAGAUAGGAAGUGAUUGAAUGCGAACAUAUAUGUUGUUUUACCUUCAAAUAUGGUCGGACGUCCCUCCAGAGUUCACUUUCUAUUGUCUUGCUGAUCUCCUAUCCUUAUUUAACCGGACACAGCAGCGUAACAUUAUGUCUGCAAAUUGAGCCAACCUGAGUAUGACAUCAGAGGAAAAUGACCGCUGAGUGUAUAGGGUCUAUUUCAACAGUGAGUAUCUCAAUGUGCAGAUAACAAUGCUUUCUCAACUGUACCGUAUCUUGCAAUGCUUUUUUAAGAAACUUCAAACUUUUUGACGCAUGAACUUCAUUUUUUUUUUUUUUUGAUAAUGUUGCAUUAAGUCAACUAAUGUAAUGCUCAUGUAUAUUAUUUUUACUCACUGGAGAAUAAAAAACGUCUUAAAUA